AAAGUUUUUUGAUCAAUUUUUAGAUGGGGAUCCUAAUUCUUGGCGAAUAACCACCGAUUUAAAUGUUUUAGCUGCUUGUAUUUGUACAAAACUAGCUAUAAAAUCAAUGAAAUCUCACAAUAUUGAUGAUGGUCAGGUUAUUAAUAUUGGAAGUAUUUCUGGUUAUUAUGUUCCAUACGUUGAUCCGCCUGUUUUAAACAUGUAUUCAUCAUCAAAAUUCUGCUUAAGAUCUGUUACAGAGACUUUAAGAAGAGAAUUGCGCUACUACAAAUCCAAAAUACGAACAACAUACAUCGCCCCAGGUUUAGUGGCUACCGAUUUGUUAGCGGUUGAUGACUCUUCGGAUACUGACGGAAUAGUUAGUGAUGAAAUCCCAAUGUUAAAAUCAGAAGAUGUUGCUGAUGUCUGUGCUUUUGUGCUUUCCACACAACCGCAUUGUCAAUUACCUGAAAUUGUAAUGAGAGUAGUCGGAGAAGAAAUUUAAGAUUACGUUUAAAUUCAAAUAUCAAAUUGUAUUUAGUGCUUAGAAACACCAUUUUAAUAAAGUUACGUGAAAUUAC